CGUCGACCUCCUACCGCGAGGGGAGACCGAGCAAGCUCGCCCUCGCUGGUGCGCGCGUGAGCGAGCCUGCCUGCGAGGCUGCGUGCCAAUGCUUCUUUCGCCCCGCGGUGCCCGGGUAUAUAGCGUUGGCAGUCCUCGGCGGGCCACCGGGCGGGCACUGAGCGAGCCUCUUGCGAGGCCUCGCAGCGCUACUGCACCAUCUCCCGGGCAGUCGAUGUCGCGGCUUCCCCAGCACUCCGGCGGUGCUGGUUCCUCGCUUCGUCUCCUUGGCGCCACGAGGACACUUCUCUCCUCUCCUUCCUCCCCUCCCCGUCCUCCUCGCGGGUGUUUCUUCCCGAGUCGCCUUCUCACGGCCCCGGGGCCCGUUUCCCUGUGGCUCAAGGAGGCAGAGGCCUGCUGCCUCGCUGCGCCGCGCUCCAGGGGGCCCCCGCGGAGCCCGUCGCGGCGGGCGUCCCUUCCGCCCCACCCCCCGUGGCACCAGCCUGGCCCCUCGGCCCCAGCAGAGGCCGCGCCUUCCGCAGAUGGCGCCCGGCCCGCCAGGCCGCCUGGUGCUGCGGGUGCUGCUGUCGGGCGCUGCGCUGGAGGGCCUGCCGAGGAGGUGGCUCGCGGCGGCCACUGUGGGGACGACGUCCUGCGAGGGGCCGGUGCAGCCGCUGCUCUGGAGGGCGACCAAGAGCGAGCCGACGCCGUGGACCGCCUACAUCCUGGGCUCCUACCCGCUGCCCGCGGAGGCCGCGCAUUCGCUCGUGGCGCCCGUGCCCCAGGCUCUGUCCUGCGCGGACGUCGCCUUCUUCAGACUCGCGUGCAGCUUGGGGAGCAGCAGCGUCGGGCACUUCAUGGACCACUGCGGGUGGUACUCGUACUCGGAGGCCGAGGGCUCCAUCAGCGGGCGGGUCGGUGCCGGCCAGGCUGCUUCGCUGCAGACGGCUGCCAGGCAGCUGUUGUCCGAGGCCCCGCAGGAGUGCAGCGGCAGCGGCCUGCAGGCCGCGGCCCAGAAGUCCGCGAGCGAGCUGACGAACGUGGCCGUCCGAACCACGCUGAAGGCGUUCUACCGGCAGGCUCUGAGGGCGGUGAACCCCAGCCAGUGCGCCAUGGCGAGCGGCGGCCAGAGCUACGAGAGCUACCUCCGCGCGGAGUUCGGCGACCAGCGGCCGACCCUGGGCCUCGUCGACGUGGAGGAGGAGUGCCUGCUGACGCAGCCGGCCCGCCCCGCGGGCGACGGGCUGCGGCAGGACAAGGAGCUGGCCGCGCAGAUGGUGGCCAACUUCUCGAACGCGUCCUGGUACGCGCACAGGAAGGCCGUGCAGCGGGCGCUCAUCCAGGCCUACCAGUGCGGCAACGUCGCCACCAUCAAGACGCUCAUGGAGCAGACGGGCUACCUGGAGGACCUCGAGGAGAUGCCCUGGAACAAGCGCGCCAAGCUGAACCCGUCGAUCGCGGAUGCCGUGAACAGGGCCAGGUCCAGGUACCCCGGCAAGACUGUGGUCCUCGUCGUGGACGUGCUGCACAUGGUGGACUCGGGGUCCGAGGGCGGCGCGGGCGUCCCCAGCAUCCUCCAGGAGGACGGCUACACCGUGGAGCGCAUAAAGGCCGACCAGGACCUCGGGUGCAGCGCCUCCACGUUCAAGGCCGCGGGCGCCGAGCAGCGAAAGGAGUGCCUGAUGCCGCCCUGGCAGGAGCAGAACGAGUCCUGCGUCAGCUUCAACGAGGCCUUCAGUCAGAGGCUCGACGGGGACCCGCUGUAUGGGCGCGUCAAGGACUCUGCGCAGUGCAAGGCGUGCCAGGAGUCCGACGAGGCGUGCACCUGCCAGGUGUCGUGGCAGAACGACACCGCCUUCACGAAGCUCUGCCGGAGCACGGUGGUGAACGACGCCAGCGGGCAGGUCCUCGUCGUGGACUUGAUCCGCAAUCCGGGCUCCACUCAGGAGGGGCCUCGGGAGGCCGAGAAGAACGUCAAGGCGCUGUUCCAGCAUUGCGUCUCGACCAGCUGCAAGGUCGACCUGAUGCAGCUGAUGGAGCAGAGGAAGUGGUACACGAACGACAGCCACCUGCACCAGGGGCUCGUCGAGUACAGAUGCAGCGGCGGUCCGGGCAGUUGUCCGUUCGAGGGCGGCGGACCCAACGGCGACGCCGAGGAGCCAUGGUACUCAGACGACGCCGACGACGGCGGCGGCGGGCCGGCGGGCCAGAACGCGAGCGAGAACUCCACGGAGGCACCCGGCGCCCCUGUCCAGGGCGGCGAGGCCCCGUGGCUCUGGAUAGUGCUGGCGGUCGCGGCGGUGGGCGCGUCCGCCGUGGCGGGCAUGCUGCUCUGGUUUCUGCGGCGCGGGGGCCGGCGGAGGCGACAGGGCAGAAAGCCUGGAGGCUACGAGGAGGCGGGAACGGGGACGGGCUUCCUCGAGAGCGGCAGCCACGCCCCAGGGGCGGAACGCCAGCUCCCUGGCUACGCGCACCUGCAGGACGUCACCGAGCUCAACAGGGCCGCGGCGGCCCACCGGAGCGCCGCCAGGAAGCUGGAGGGCUACGACACGAGCAUCCUGGACACGGGGCUGCAGAUGCAGCAGGCGCUGGGCGCCGAGGGCGCCAGGGCCCUCCAGACGCUGCACGCGGGCCACGGCCACGGCCACGGUCACGACUCGGCCGCGGCGCCCCACGGUCAGACGCAGAUCCACCAGCACUGCCCCUCUGGCGCGCCGUCGGUGCACAGUGCCGGGCACCCGCCGCACUACCCCGGCGGCCACGGGCUCGGCGGCGCGCCCUCGGCGCACGGUGCUGCGGGCCUCGGCGGCUGCGCGGUGCCGCAGGGCCACCCGACCCAGCAGUGGCUGCCGCCGCAGGCGCCCUGCCACGGGAGCCCCUCUGGGCACGGCAGUGGCCUCGCGAGCCCGCCCCCCGGCUUCGCCUACUGAGGCGUGCCGCUCGCUGCUGGUUCGGUUUCUCCUGCUAUAUAGACCAGCACCGUCGAGGUCGGAACCAAAACAUUCGAAAAAGAAAAGCGUCGGGGGCCUGGGCUCGCAGGCCCCGUUGUGCCCAGGCACCGCUUGCCUGCCUCGGCAUUGGCGCCGCCUGCUCGCUGAGGGCCGACCCGAGCUGGCCGCUGGGCAGCAGAACACAUCAAGG